GUGGCAGGGUGGUGCCGUCAAUCACUCGUCGUCAUGGAGUUUCCGCCAGCAGGUUAGGGUGGUCGCGUUCCCAUCAAUCUCCCUCCUCUGCUCGGGUGGAUUCCGGUGGCCGUCGAGUCGCGGCCCGGGCUGGGAGCCGGAGCGGGAGCAGCGGCCGGUCGCCUUUCGCCGCCCUCUCCGUGGGAGCCAUCGCCCGGCCGCUGCCAGGGCAAGGGCGGGGCGGUGGAGCUGGCUUGUCGGCGGCCUUCCUUUUAUUUUUACCCCCUCCCCUUCCAGUUGGAGCCGAGUCCCCGGUUCUCUUCCCCCCCCCCCCUCCCCCGUGGAGAAAAUCCUCCGUCAUUUUGUUUCUGCUGCCCGGCGGGCUGCGAUGUUCCUGGGAGCGGGGCUUCUGCCGAGGAGCUGAGAUACGUGCUUAACCUAUGGAUAAAGUUGGAAAGAUGUGGAGCAGUUUGAAGUACCGAUGUCAGAAUUUUUUUGUUAAUGAAGGUGGAGGCCAAAAUGAAACUGGUUUGAACUGUCCAAGUUGUUCUGUUGGUAAAAGCUCAAGUGCAAAUGUUGAUGAACUGCCUCAGCAGGAAUUAGGAGGUACAACGAAUGGACAUGGAGUUACACCAUUAAUUACAGACACGUGUCUGACCAUAGACAGAAGAAAUGGAAACUGUGUUUCUAACAUCCCAGAGAUUGUAGAAGCAGAUUUGGAUAAAGAAAAUGAGAAUUUGGCUGCUGGAUCAGAAUCUCUUCUUGUUCGAAGAGACUCUUAUUCUCGUCAUGCUCCAUGGGGUGGGAAGAAGAAACACUCUUGCUCUACAAAAACCCAAAUGUCAUUUGAAACAGUUAAACGCUUUAGUAGAACGAGGUCUGGGUUACAAAGGCGGGAAAGACGAUAUGGUGUAAGUUCCAUCCAUGAUAUGGAGAGUUUGUCUAAUCGUGCUAUGACACGUCCAUCUAUACGCCAGCGUUUCCAAGAAACUGUAGGACUCUGUUUUCCAUUACGAACACAUAAUAAACAGCCAAAGAGCUUAUUGUCAAGCAGGAGAAAAAUUUUGCUAUCUGAACUGAUGCUUGAAAAAUGUCCUUUUCCAGCUGGGUCAGAUCUAGCCCAGAAAUGGCAUCUUAUUAAGCAACAUACAGCUCCUGUGAGCUCGCAGUCAACCUGUUGGCUUGAAACACUUGAUCCUACUUUUUCUUCUACAGAAGAUGAAGAAGAUAGGCUUAGAGAAAGACGAAGGCUUAGUAUUGAAGAAGGGGUUGAUCCUCCCCCCAAUGCCCUUAUACACACUUUUGAAGCCACUGCACAAAUUAAUCAAACAUACAAGCUGGGACCAAAGUUAGCACCUGGAAUGAGUGAGCUUCCUGGUGACAGUCGUGGAAUGAUAAAUGGAGACUGGGACUUGGAAGAGGACUCAACUACUCUUUGUCUCCAGGCACGGAAACAGAAAACGCGGCAGAUGCCAGGAGAAAAUAUUGGUCAUGCUGCCAGACCUGGGCCCUGGAAAGUGCACACACAAAUUGAUUACAUUCAUUGUUUGGUUCCAGACUUGCUUCAGAUUACAAGUAACCCUUGUUAUUGGGGGGUAAUGGAUCGUUACGAAGCUGAGGCCCUCCUUGAUGGCAAGCCUGAAGGCACAUUUCUACUCAGGGAUUCGGCACAAGAGGACUACCUCUUCUCUGUGAGCUUCCGUCGUUAUAACCGCUCCUUGCAUGCCAGGAUUGAGCAAUGGAAUCACAAUUUUAGUUUCGAUGCCCACGACCCCUGUGUUUUUCACUCCUCCACAGUAACUGGCCUCCUGGAACAUUAUAAGGAUCCCAGUUCAUGCAUGUUUUUUGAACCUUUGCUAACUGUUCCACUGACCAGGACUCUUCCCUUCAGCCUGCAGUACAUCUGCCGUGCAGCCAUUUGUUGUUGUACAACGUAUGAUGGAAUAGAUGCACUUCCACUUCCCCCACCUUUACAGGAGUAUCUGAAAGAGUACCACUAUAAACAAAAAGUACGAGUGCGAUGGUUAGAACGAGAACCAUCAAAGGUCAAAUAAGCAUUCAUCUUUUUUUAUAUAUCACUGAAAUUGCUGACACCCUCCAGGAUAUGGGACAUUAUGAAAAUAAACUUGUUCAGAAUGAAUAAUUUAAGACUUGAAUUAAGUCGCAAUAUGUGGUUACUCCAUUUUGCAACUUCCUUUUUAGGGUACUUUGGCACUUUGUGUCUGUAAUUUAGUGGAUACUGCAGGUCCAUAUACAGAUUAACAUGCAUGUAUUUAUUAUGUUGGCAGUUAGCAAUUUUCUAGCUUUGCAGUUGUCUUUGAGGGGGUGUGGUCAAAAGAAAUCAUUGAUUUAGGGCAACUAUGGAGCUCUCUUCAGAAUUGAUAUAGAAUUAUAUAUUUACUGUAGAAUCUUGGAAAUUGUGGUGAAAUUUAAUUUGAAAUUUAAGGAACUGCCAUUUGAGAUUCAGCAUCAUUUUUGUGUAUUCUUCUGGCACUCAACCUGAAUGAAUUUGGUCAGACUGGAAGGAUUUUGUUUUGGAUAUCUGCAAUGUAGUAUUCAAUUUUUUUUUCCAAUAAUGGAUUCUCUGGAGUUAUUUCAAGGUAGUGAUUAUGUGCCAGGUGGUUAUAAAAUACAACUAAAGUACAUUAUGACCAAUGUCAGACCCUUCAUUACUAUUUUGAAACCACCUUCAAGCAUUUGUUUCUAGAAUGCAUGUGGCAACUUCAGUGGCAGCACCUUCCAAUGAAAUGUUAUUUGAUAGCCAGGACUAUCAAGAACUUAUCACUUGCAUUUUCCGAGUGGGAUUUUGGUUGUGUAAUAUAAGUCUGAAUGGUACAGGAAAUCCAAUUGUCUUUUUAAUUAAAAUCUGAGAAAGCAGUGGAAGAUUUCUCUAAAUUAUGUUUGCAAAUGUAGAUAAAGGAUUCAAGUGGUUUGUUUUUACUGUCUGGGCAGAAAUCCACGUUUUUAUGGAUAAGAGUAUAAUCAUUUUGGAAAUUAAGGGUGAAAAUGACAUCAAGAAUGUUUAAGUAAGUGGAAAGUAAAUUUUAAAAUUGAUUUUAAUACCUGGAAAAGUUGCAAGGUAAAAGCAAACAAUAGCACCUCCACUGCAGCUGGGUGCUAUUAGAGAUGAGAUUCAAUGAGUGGACAUUCAGUGGAAGUGUGAUAACACAGGAUAACCUUCUCUACCAUGCGAGUUUCUCAAGUACAAGUUGUUGGUGUAAUAUUGCAGGGGGCAUUUGAAGAUGGUGCCACUUAUUUUUUUAAUGGUAACCAUUAGAUUAUUUGGGACCCAAGACCAGCCAUUCUUGCAUUUUGGUAUUUUGAAAACUGUCUAGUGAAGAAGGGAUUUUGCCAUUUAACUUUGCGCUAUACAGCUGAAAACUAAAAUGCUCACUACCUAUUUGGCCUUUGUUUUGACACCUGUAUAUUGUCAUUAUUGGGUCAGUGUCACUUUCAUUUCAAAUGAUAACACCAGCAUCUGAAAGGUUCCUUUUGUGUUCUAGUUAGAUUAAACCUAAACUUAAGUCUUGUAUGUAUUGGUUCCAAAAUUCUUAAAUUUGGUCUUUGGUGGAAUAGAAACUUUAAGUAGCUGCUAUACUGACCAGAAGCUCAAUAGUUGCUCUAUAAAGCUACAAUGUGAUCCUCUCCUGUUUCUUGCCAAUGUGGUCAUCAUAGGCAGCUACUGUAACUUUGGCUGAGCAGCUCAUUCCUAUCCUAGUUUAGCUUAUUUUGUCCUAUGUGAAGAAGAUAACUAACAAGCCGUGCUGCGUACCUUCCUCCUAUGACAAAGAGCAGCUUUUAGCAAGUUAACUUUAUGUUAGAGGAAAUAAUUAGAUAGUUUGUGGAACCGGAUUGUUUCUAAUGUUCUUUGAUUAAUAAUCUUAGAAGUGCAACCAGGAUUUUAUUUUUAAUUGUUUCAAGCACUAAAGGCAUUGAAAGGUGCCAACUUAAGCAAUUCAAUAUGCACUGGAAAUAUUAAAUUGUGUUUCCAGAUCAAGUAAAUGCAGUUAUCAAAACUAAACAUAAGCAUUUGUUGUAUUCCAUAUUUUAAAGAUUAAUCUCAUUUUACAAAAAUUGCUUUUAUAAUGUUAGUAUUUUUCUAUUGUAUGCUGUGCAAGCAUAUCCUGGAAAACCCUUGACUCCCUAGCAUCCUCUUAGGGUUGUAUGAUUAUUUUUAAGAUGUAUUGUCAACAGGUGCCGUGAAAGUUAAAACUGCAACAACUGCUUUCAACUUUAAGCUAUUCGGUAAACUUGUAAAUACACCUAUUUCACAUUUGUAAAAAUCUAUUCUGACUGUUUAGUAUAAAGGUCUAAUUCUUGUCACACAUACGAGCAGAAUGUAUCAUUUGUUUUAAUGUCUUAUUAAAUGUUUAGAUAUUGCACAUUUAAGCUGUAACCAUUUGUAUCAACUGCCUGACACCCUUCCAAUAUUUCAUUUCUAAUAUCUGGUUUUGUUUCAUUUGAAAUUUCAAAUGAUUACCAGAUUAAUAAAUUUGUCUGCAAAGACAGACGUCUUUAUUGUGUUCUGGCGAUGUGUAUUCUAAAUUGUAGAAAUGGUUCAACUACGUAAAUUCACUUCAGAAAUUUCUGUAAUUGUUACUUGAUGCGGGCCUCUGAAUAGCAUUUGUUGCACCUGAUUUACAACUUAAAGGUAUUUUCGAAAGCAAUAAUAUUUUGGGAAAAAAUAUACCUAUAAGAUUCUGUAUCUUGAAACUUGAAUUACUAUAUAGUUUGUACCAUUUUCCAGUUAAAGAAAUUGUAUUUUACAUUCUCAAUUUUUGGAUCUUUUAACUUGUUUAACUAGGGGCAACAUGGAAUUAGAAGAAAAGUUCAGAAACCAUACCUAAAUUAACAAGUAACUUUUUAUCCCAAACUGGUUCAAUGUAUUCAAAGAUUUUUCAGAUAAAUCUGACAAUUUUUUUUCUGCAGGCCUUUUAUUAAUUGAGAAUGAGUACAGCUGAAAUGCAAAUCUAAAAUGAAAAUGUUUUGGCCCCCACUCUCAAACAUUGCGCACAAGUAGGAUAGUGUCAUCCAAUGAAGAAAAUCGGCAUUAUUCGAAGAAUUGCAGAUUCUUUUGGUGUCCUUCCCAGGAAUUUCUUGUGCUAUCAACAUUGGAUUAACUGGUCAUUGAUCUCCCAGGCAUUUGUGAAAUGGUGCUGAUGCAAAAGAAUUACUGAAUUUUAGAAAGCAGGCCAGAAAACAAUGAAUAACAAAUGCUUGGAGCUCCUUUGAAUAAAAGGCAUUACACAAGUAUUUACAUUUCAGCUCCUACUGCACUCUUGAACCAUUUCCACCAAUGCUUGGUUCUUGCAUUAAUCAAAUUCAAAUUGUGUAUGAUAUGGACCUUUUAAAAUAAAUUUAAGAAGUUGACAAUGGAUCUUUCUCAAUAACCUCUUAAAGUGUGCCCAGCUUUAUAGUUCGAAGCUCAUCUUUGUGGAUGUUGAACAAAUAAAAAUUGUUCUGUCAUAAGUCAAGAUUGUUUCUAUAUUUUGCCUUUACGUACUGGGCUGAGUGUGCUCUGUAUUGCAUUAAAGUUCUCCCUUCUAGCCUACUCCAUGUGUCUUUGUGAGGUGCUUUCAUUUUAUACUCCUGGAUUUCUAAGCUGCUUUGUCCAGAGCAAUGACCUAUGCACAUGGGGAUGGCAUUCUUGGCAAAAAUGUUUAACGUUGCAUUGUACUUGUACACUACAUGGAAACUGUACAGCUACAAUGGUACACUGGUUUUAUUUUGCAUUACCUGCAUUUAUUUUGCAUUGCUUGCUGAAGUUUGUUUUAGAUUAUUUACAUUAUUUGAAACUUCAUUCUAUCAAUUUAAUAUUUCUUUAUGGCCUAAAGAUUGAUUAUUCUUUGAAACUAAAUUGUUCCAGGCUAUGUACAAUUUAUGUUAGACCAUUUUCCCAGCUGUCUUUUUAUUUUGCUUGUCUGGAUUUUUAUAAAUGUACUUUAUGGAUACAGAACCAAAAGUAAUUCAAACUGAUUUUAACAGUAGUAUGAAUCCAUAAUUUUGGCUAAUUUCCAUUUAAAAUAAAAUUCUUCCUGUUCAGUUAAGUUAUGAAAUUCUCAGUAAAUUUUCAAAAGAUAAAAUUACAAUCAGAUUUAGGGGGUAGUGGAAAGAAAAUCUUUUGAUUUGAUACUGAGCUAAUUUACUCAGAUUUUACCUCUUAUGCUUGGAAUGAUAGCAAAUUUUUUUUGAGCAGUCUUAAUCCAUUUUUCAUAACUGUACCUGAACUGGCACACAACUUUUAAGGGCAGCUUGUUUGGGAAUUAAAAUCUAGUUGUGAUUUAGUUUAACCCCAACAAGUAUUAUCUGAGUUUCAAGAUUUAUACUCUUAUCAGUCACUAUGUUUCAAGAACUUCAGACUAUCAGAGUUGCUCUUUUAUGCUUGUGAAAGCUAAUGUCACAAAUCUGACAGCUGUCCUAAUUCUUUUGAACUCUAUCUGUUGAUUAUUUUUAAAAAUGUUUUUCAUGAUGGUUGCUGAGGAGGAAAUGUUUUGUUAUUCAUUCUGUUUUUCUGCUGUGGACUAGUGUUUUUGGAUUCUAAAGCACUUUACUAGAGUUUUAAACCUAUCAAUAUUGGAUUCAUUAAUUAUUCCUUGGUUUAUUUUUCAAAUGGGCAAUCUUUUUUAAAAAAAAACAGGCUAUAAAGAUUCUGAAAUGCUAUAUUGGAGUAUUACAUUCUUUUUGAUAGAAGGAACCAAAGUUUAGAGAAGAGAGCAGGAUAUAUGUGGCUUGUCCCAUGGUGUUAAAGCAUGUAGCAAACUGUUCAGUUUAGCUUAGUUGAUAGCUGGAUCAUUUUUCUGAUGUGCUUUAUUUUUAAGGAGGUGUUUUUCAGAGCAAGAUGGUGAAAAGGUCCAUUUGGGUUGAGCAACGGUUGCUAAAAAGUACAUGUAAUUUUGGCUUUUAUCUGUACUGUUACACUUGAAUACCAUUUUUUGUCAACUUUCUGGAAAAUACAAGAAAAAUAUAAUCUUUGUGGGCACUAUGGGCUGUGGCAUGGAAACCCAUGUUUAGUAGUGCACCUGAUUACUUAAUUCUAUCUGUUAUAUAUUGCAUUAAGGUUCUUCAAAUGUGCUGUCAAACAGUAUUUUUGCAGCUUAGCUGAAAGCAUUUAUUUGCUUAAGUUUUCAACCCCUCAUACAUUUGUGCACUUUGAGAUUUUUAAAAAUCUACUUUUUUGUGGGGGAUGUUUGUGCGUGCCUAUUGGCAUAUUAAGUGCUUUGAUGUAAGCUAAUCGCUAUAGGUAUGUAAAGGUAAUUAUUGCUGUUUAUAACCAAAUGUUAGUGCUGAUGAAUUUAAAACAAACUGGCUACAUUUUUUUUCCUGAAAGAUCCAGCUACAUAGCCAAUUUUGUAAUAUGUAUUCUGUUAUACUCUUAACAAGUAAUGCCUGUUUAGGGUAUUGUUUACGUCGCAUAUAAAAUCCUGUAUUAUCUGUAGAAUAAUGCUCAUUCUGACACGUUGUACAAUAGAAUUUAUCAGUUUAUUUUGCUAUAUAUUGCGACUAUCUUCCCUUCCACCCUUCAGGCUUCUUUGGUGUCCUCUGGCUUCAUUGUCUUAAUAUUAGAAUAAAGACUACACACACACUAA